UUAAUCCUCAGGGGGCAAAAGUCUUUUGGAUUUAAUCAGAGCUACACUACAGUGUCUGAUUGUAUAAGAUGGAAAUCUAGGCUAAAGACAUGCUUCAAUCAAGAACCCAAUCAAUGAAAUGGACAGAUCCAUCAAUUCCUUUACUGAACUAUAAAGCAGAGUCUUCCUAAUCCUCAAGUUUUGACAUCAACAUUUAUCAGUUUUAGCUGUGGAGAUGAUCAAAAAUUUGGUGAUCACUUAUGUUCUCUGGUCAUUAGGUGGACCUUUAGGUCUCCAUCACAUCUACCUUGGGAGAGAUAGCCAUGCCUUACUGUGGAUGGUGACAUUUGGUGGAUUUGGGUUUGGGUGGAUUCGUGAGUUUUGGCAUUUGCCAAAAUACGUGCAAAAUGCAAACUUUCGCCACAAAAAGACUCAAAGGAAAAGAGAGAAACAACCAUCAAUGAAAAUUAUCCGAACUUUUGGCCAAUUUGUAGUUGGGGUUUACUUUGGUAUAGUUGCUCUCAUAAGUCUAUCUCCAUUAAGUGGUUUCUACAUCAUGGUCUUGCCACUUGCUAUCACACUGGGUGUUCACCUUGUAGCUAAUGUUGGUGAGCAAACUUCCAAUAUAAAUGCAACAAUGAUAGCCUCCAUUGUUACUUCCAUCAUAUUCUAUGGAAGACCCAUUGCAACAAUACCCAUCAGUAUUGUUGCUACUGUUGUCUCUAUGCAACACCGCCUCUACAAGACUUCAAGUGACACAGAAGACAACUUAAGGGUGCGACUUUACAGAUUAACUUUAGCUUGGCUGGCUUUCACAAUGCCAAUCUUCUAUUGUAUGUUUCACAAUACCACAGUUACGAUUACAUACAUCUCAGACACUAUUAAUAUUAUCCUAGAUUCACUCCGAAUUUUCCCACUGGUCAGUGGUCUCUUUGAAUCUAUAUUACUUCUCCCAUAUUAUGCAUGGAAGCUCUCCACUGGUGGAAUUGGAUUAGGCUAUGGAUACAAUCAAGAAUGGGAAAAGUUAUUUGAAUCUAUCACUACCAUAAAGACUGAAAGAGAAAGGUUAGCAUACAAGGUGCUGGGACUACACCAGGAAGCAACCUUGGAAGAAAUUAACAAAAGUUAUAGAGAGUUGGUGAAACGCUGGCACCCUGACCACAACCGAUAUAACUUAAAUGAAGCAGAACAACAAUUUCUUGAGAUACAGGCAGCAUAUGAAGUACUUACGAAAAAGCAGACAAGAGACAUUCAAGAGCUGUGACAUCAUUUAUAAAAUAUCAAGAUUCCUGGCUUUAUGGCUGCUUUCAAUUUAUGAUAUAAAUUUGUUAUAAUUGUGGCAUUGAAUAAGGAUGAAUUGAAUUGGGGCUAAGUCUUCAGUUAUUUUUCCUUGUUCUCUAGGUUAGCCGGAGUAUUUAUGCCCCAUCUAUAUUACAGUUCAAUGGAUUCUCCCUUAAUUCUAACGUCAAAGAUUAUAUUGUACAAUUAAGGUAGUCAGAUGAGAAUAUCAUUGUCUGGAUUUCUUAUUUAUAUCUGCCUAGAAUUACUUCAUUCAUCAGUCAAGUCCAGAUUCCCGCUUUUCCUAGCAUGUUUUCUUGUCUAAAUAACAACAGACUCAAGAAACUUCUAUUUUUGGAGCUUGAGUCAAGUUUGAAAUUAGACUCAUAUUAAAAAAAGAACAGUAGGCCAUUCUGCACUUCACAUAUGCUCCAGCAUUCAAUAUAAUCAUAAAUGAUCAUCCAAAUUCAGUAUCUCAUUCUUGCGUUCUCCCUGUACGCCAUGACUUCCAGAGCUAUGAGAACCAUACCUCACUUCUUUUAAUGGGGUUGAGAAUUCCACAGAUUCGACUCUCACUGGAUGAAGAAAGUUCUUCAAAUCUCUGUCCUAAAAAGCAUCAAUUAUUCCAGUGAAAACAUUUUAAAAUCUGAUAUCUUAAGAUUUUUUUUCUGGUUUACCUGCACUGAGUAUUUUUUAGUCAUGGACUUUUUUUCAGAUUUUAAUUUGCAUUUGCAAUGAUGUAAAUGUAGAAAAUUUUCAAAGGUACUUGUUAUAUAAAUAGGGGAAUAAUGGACAAUAUUUUACAAAUGCAUGGUAAAUAUCAUUAUUCACUAUUAAAAUCUUUGCUAAUAGUUUCAGAAAAGUGUGCUCUUUAGGCUGUUUGUCCAUAUAUUAAAAUCAUGAAAACCAGCUCCUUGAACCACUUCAAUAUUCAAUAUGAUCCUUAAAGUUCAAAUUUCUGUCGAUCUCCCCCUUGGAUUCAUUCAGUGAUUGCCUCCACAGCUAUCUGGGGUAGAAUCAUGGCCCUCUGGAAGAAGUUUCUUCUCAUCUCCAUCUUAAAUGAGUUACUCCUUCCUUACUCUAAAACUAUGUCCCUUAUAACUCAUUUCCCACAGGGGAAACAUCCCCUCGGUGUCAAGCCUGUUAAUCACUCUCGGAAUCACAUAUAUUUCAUUUUCCUAAACUCCAAUGAAUAUAAGCUUGACUUUUCUUCAUUCCAGGGAUUAACCUUGUCUGCACUGCCUCCGAUGGAAGUAUAUGAUUCUGUAAGAAUGGAGACCAAAGUGUAUACAGUACUCCAGGUGCAGUCUCACCAGCAGCUUUUUCUUUGUAGUACAUGUCCUCUACAAUAAAGUUCAACAUUCCCUUAGUCUUUCUAAUCCCGUGUUAUACCUACAUGUCAACCCUUCAUGUUAAUGCACAGAACUCCCAGACGCCUUUGUAUCCAAUUUUAUAGUCUCACUCCAUUUUAAUAAUAAUUAGCUUUAUCAUUCUUCUAGCUCAUAUUUUUCCAUCUUAUAUUCCAUCUAGUAACUUUUGGCACACUCACUUAACCUACCUUCGUGCGUUUUGAUUAAUCUGUCUAUCUUUGCAUCAACAACAAGUUUGUCUACUGUGCACUCAGUUCCUUAAUCUAAGGCAUUAAUAUAGACCAUAAACAGUUGAGAUACAGUAUCAGUCCCUAUGGCACUCCAUGAUGACUGACUUUCAAUCAAAAGUAACCUCACUCUGUUAGUCAAUUAAGUAUCCAUGCCAAUGUUUUUCUCCCUAAUCCUUACUUUGACCAGUAAUCUUUUAUGUGGCACCUUAUUGAAUUUCUUUUGGAAAUUCAAAUACUCUUACAUCUACUAGUUCCUCUUUAUCCAUCCUGUUUAUUACAUUGUCAAAGAAUGCUAAUAAAUUUGUCAAUCAUUAAUUCCCUCUUAUAAAACCAUAUUGACUCUACUGGGUUGUCUUUUGAUUUUCUAAAUGCCUUGCUAUUACUUCCUCAAUAAUGGACUCUAGCAUUUUCCUAAAGACAGAUGUUAGACUACCUGACCAACAAUUUCUUGCUUUCUGGCUCCACUUUUCUUGAAUAGGAACAUUAAAUCUUACUGUUUUCCAAUCCUCUCCAUAAUCAAGUGAUUUUUAGUUGCUUAUAACCACUGCAUCCACUGUCUCUAGAACCUUUAGGCCUCCAGGAACCAGGCCUUCAAGUCUGGGAGUCUCGUUGGCCUUUAGCAGCAUUUUCUUCCUGAUAAGUUACAGUGUCGUGCAUUGAUAUUUUCUCAAAUUAUUAGCAAACUACACACCUUAAUUUUUCCUCACCAUGCUAAUGUUAACCACCAUGUAAGCUAUGUUUCAUCUUUCUUGAUCUGUCCAUAAUCUAUGGUACUGUUCAUUACUUCAUACGCCUCCAAUAGCUGUUGUCCAUCCAGCAAAGUCAAACUGGUUGCACUCUUGUGUAUGUAGCUAUAGUAAAAGAAUUUCCUGCAAUACCUUCUAUUUCCACUCAUGCAUGUAACCUCAGUUCUCCCCCCACCCCCAGCCCUUUAUUCUUAGUCCUUUCUGUUUUUAU